AUGUCAAACUUGUUAUUUAGAAUUGACUGCGGUCACCAGAACUAUGACUGGGGUAAGAUUGGCUCCUCUUCGGCCGUUGCGCGGUUCGCUGCCGCUUCUAACGCCGCCACCAAGAUUGACGAGUCCAAGCCAUAUGCAGAAUUGUGGAUGGGCACUCACCCAUCGGUUCCUUCCGUUAACGUCAGUACCAACGAAACCUUGAGAGACUUGGUAACUGCCAAUCCAGACAAGCUAUUAGGCCAGGAUAUCAUCUCCAAAUUUGGCUCCUCCAAGGAACUCCCGUUCUUGUUCAAGGUGUUGUCCAUAGAAAAGGUGCUCUCCAUCCAAGCCCAUCCUGACAAGGCCGGUGCUAAGAUCUUGCACGCCAACGAUCCAAAGAACUACCCAGACGACAACCACAAGCCGGAGAUGGCCAUUGCCGUUACGGACUUUGAGGGCUUCUGUGGGUUCAAGCCGUUAGACCAAAUCUCGGAGUCCUUGAACAAGUUCCCGCAGUUUGCCGAGAUUGUCGGUGAGGACACCAAGCGCGAAUUCCAGGCUGGCAUAAAGCCAGCCGCCGUAGCUGGUUCUGAUGCGGAUGUGAACAACAGAAAGUUGCUCCAGGCCGUGUUCGGUAAGUUGAUGCGCACGAAUGACGAAACCAUCGCGAGAUUGGCUGCCUCCUUGGUAGACAGCGCAACCACACAGCCUGGGCUUUUCUACCCCGGUCAGGCCGAAUUGAUCCUCCGCCUCAACAAGCAGUUUCCAAACGAUAUCGGUUUAUUCUGUGGGUGCGUCAUGUUGAACCAUUGUCAAUUGCAGGCCGGUGAAGCGAUGUUUUUACAGGCUAAGGACCCUCACGCCUACAUCUCUGGUGACAUCAUCGAAUGCAUGGCUGCAUCUGACAAUGUCGUGAGAGCUGGCUUCACUCCAAAGUUUAAGGACGUCGAAAACUUGGUUGACAUGUUGACCUACUCCUACGACUCGGUGGAGAAGCAAAAGAUGGCCCCAUUGGCCUUCCCAAGAGCCCAGGGUGACGGUAAGUCGGUCUUGUACGACCCACCUAUCGCCGAGUUCUCCGUGUUGCAAACUGUCUUGUCCAAAACUGGUGACGUUCAAACUUUUGCCAGGUUUGAGGGCCCUUCCAUCGUGAUCACUACCAAGGGUACCGGUAAGAUUUCCGUUAAGGGCUCCAGCUCUCCGCUCGAAGCGGAGACCGGUUUCGUCUUCUUCGUCGCCCCAGGUGCCGAGAUUGAGUUAGAAUCUACAUCCGAAGACUUUGUUUCGUACAGAGCCUUUGUUGAAGCCAACUAG